UAGGCCGAGAGUGAGGAGCAGAGCUUGAGCUGGCUCAUGGUUGCCUCUAGCUAGUAGGCAGUGAAGGGUCGUCCGGUUACAACCUCUCGGGAUCGCUCGCUUACUCACUCGCUCGCUCGAUCUCUGCUGGCACUGCACAACACACACAAACGUUUCUAGAGGGAAGUUCGACGAGGUGCGCUAAAGAGAUCAGACCUUACCUACCUGCGUCUUGCGUUUGGCUGCUGGGGGCGCGACAAACUCGACACUUACCUGUCAAAAAGAGAGGAGAGAAAUUAUGUCAGAGCAAUUCAUGCGACGGUAAAUCCCUCGAAAGCAUCCCCUCAUACUUGGCUGGCUACUCACGCUGCCUCCAGAGCUCCAACAGACCUGAGCAUCAAGUGAGGCUGUGGUGGCGCCCUUCGAAAACAACGGCUAGAGGUUCUUCAGGAAAGCAGGUACCACCUCUCGAAAGAUUUAUGUAAGAAAUCCCAGCAGACUUCAAUCCUCCAUUCACCGACAGAGAGAGAGAGAGAGAGAGAGAGAGAGAGAGAGAGAGAGAGAGAGAGAGAGAGAGAGACACGUUACUGCUCCCCAUCCUGGGAGAUAACGCAACGGGCCACUCCCCUCCCCACCCCUAUCCAGUCACCGAAAGCGCCCAUCUCAACAGAACAGGUGCCCAAAAAUUAGCUCCAAAAUGAGUGACGGACUGUAUUAUUUUAAAGUCAUAGUAGUGCUGAUGUUGGUGAGUUUUGCAUUACAAAGCAACACCAUUGGCACUGGAAAAAGAGGGAAGCUUUCUGGACGCUAUAAAGGAAGAAAAGACUUCAAGCCCAUCACUGGUACUUAUCCUUCAGUGGAAGCCAAGGAAUACUACCAAAAUCCAGAGGGUGCUAAAAUAAUAAAAUCUUCCCACUUCAACUACCAGUAUGUGCUUGGUCACAAAAUCGUGUUCCUGUGUGUUGCUGGAGGAUCUCCACUUCCUCAAAUAACAUGGUUCAAGGAUGGAGUUGAGCUGUAUGCUCACAAAUAUAUGCAGCUUCAUGAAACGAGAAAGGGCAAAUAUCUAAAGAGUAAGAUGGAAAUUGAUCCUGCAUCCCAAGCUGAUGCUGGAAUCUACGAAUGCCACGCUAACAACAAAUAUGCAGUAGACAUCAAAGCUUUCCGUACAACCUAUAUUGCCCAGUUCAGCAAGUAACUCAUUACUAUAACAUUCCACAGUGCGACUGGUAAAAUAAAAUUAAAAAGAUAACCUUCAAAUUUGUAUGUGUGUGUGCUGCAUCAGCACUAAAUAAAGUUAAAAUCUGUCAAUUAUUGUGUAAAAGAAAGAUUAGUUUAGAAAUAUAAAUGGUAUAUACUGAAAUUCCUGAAACAUGUGGAUCAAGUUGAUGGAAGAACUGUAGCACAUGAAAAAUGAUAAAAAAAAUACUAGAUAAUUUGCCAAAGAGUUUCAUAAAACCAUUAUUAUAUUUACAUCUGAAACCAUUGCAUAUCAUUCUGUACAUAUCAGAACUUGUUCUAUGUAAUACUGUAAUCUCUCCUCCUAUUCUUCAGUUGAGGUUAUAAGUAAACAGGGAAUUUUAAAAGCAAAAGUAUUGUAGAAACAUGUCUUUUUAAAUCUCUUAGUAUACUGUACCAUAUAAUGUACCAGUUCUUCUGCAUAGUAGCAAGGAAGCUGCUAUGAAAGAACUUAAUUUGGUAAAUAUGCAAAUAUGGUACAAAAUUUGCUCAAAGUUUGCAAUAUUAACUGUUUGUUCUUUAAUAUGUUAUACUAGCAUUGAAUACGUGUUCAUGAAUAACAAAAACCCACUCAUUUAUUAACACUACCAAAAAGAUUACAACUGAAUAACAGAGA